AUGAAUAAAGUCUUAACCUUAUUAUUUGUCUCUACUAUAUUACUUACUGGAGUAUUCAUUCACUUAAAUAAAGAAUAAAAGUCUUCAUAAUAAUACUUUUUACAAAAAAGAUAAAAUAAUCAUAGUUCUUUCAAGACUUAUUAAUAAGGAACUUAUUCAUAUUUUGCUUUCGAAAGAGAAUGGCCUGGUACAGUUUGUAAAAUCAACAAUUGCUAAUAGGAUUACCUCGGAGAUUUCGAUGGAAAAAACUUCAAUAUUCACGGAUUAUGGCCAAAUGGUAUAGAGGAUGACUAAUGCGGUUAUCCUUAAAAUUGCGGACAUGAAUCUUUCAGUUAUACAGAGUUGAAUAGUAAUACAAUAAAUUUAAUGAGAAAAUACUGGAAUGGUUUAUAUAAUAGUAAUAAUGUUUUCAUCUAACAUGAAUGGAGAAAACACGGUACUUGCUUUGAAGGAGAUUAGUAAUCUUAUUUCUCUACAGUAUUAGAAUUACAUGAUAGAUAUAACCCCAUUUCAGCACUUGCCUAAAGUUAAAUUAGUCCUAAUAAUGAUAAGGGUUAUAAACUUAAAGAUAUUAAAUAGAGCUUAGAAAAUAGCUUCGGUGGAUCUGUUAUUGUUAAAUGUAAAAAAAUUAAUGGAGUUUAAAUGCUUUAUGCAAUCGAUAUGACUAUUUCUAAAGAAUAUAAUGUUAUUGAUAACCCUUGUAAAAAACGUGCAAUACAAAAUUAACAUUGUGAUGAAGAAUAACUUAUUAUUAUACCGACAUAUUGA